AUGCUGUUCGAGGAGAUCCUGGACGAUGUCGGCGGCUUCUCCAAGUUCCAGUUCCUGCUCGUGUCCAUCCUGUGCCUGCCCCGCGCCAUCCUCCCCCUCCACUUCAUGCUGUACAACUUCAUCUCUGUGACACCUCCUCACCGCUGUGCCCGCUCACACCGUCCUCUGGGCUCAGAGGACGGUGGCGUGGCGUCGCUGGGCUCCGAUCCCGAAGCGCUGGCCCUCAGGAUCCCCCUUCAGAACGACGGCUCCUUGAGCUCCUGCAGAGUCUACGACCCCCAGCUGGUCUUUGACCUCGGCCCAGGAAAUAGAACGGCACCUUGUCCCCACGGCUGGAUCUACGACCAAUCACAGUUCAAGUCCACAACGGCCACCGAGUGGGAUCUGGUGUGUGAAGACAAACAUCUGAAUCAAGCUCUCGCUACAUAUUUCUUCCUCGGUGUCACGGUCGGAGCCAUUCUGUUCGGACAUCUUUCUGACAAGUUCGGUCGUAAGUCGAUGCUCCUGGUGGCUUUAAUCACCUCCACCACGUUUGGAGUCACCUCGGCCUUCUCCACCUCCUACGUCAUGUUCGUCGUCUGCAGGGCGCUCUGCGGCGUGGCCCUCAGCGGACUGUCGGUCAUCGGCGUGGUCCUCGGUAUCGAGUGGACGGACGUGAAGCACCGGACCUUGGCCGGUAUCGUCAUGAGUUUGUCUUGGAGCAUGGGGAACAUGCUCCUGGCCCCGCUGGCCUACUUCAUACGUGACUGGAGACACCUGACGCUGGCGGUGACGAUGCCCUGCACCGCCGCCAUCAUCGCCUGGUGGUGGCUGCCGGAGUCGGCCCGCUGGCUGCUUACCAACGGCAGAGUAGAGGAGGCCAAGAAGUAUCUGGUUCAGUGCGCUAAAAUGAACAAGAAGAACGAAUGCACAUCCAGCCUGGAAACUGAGGCUCUGAGGAAGAUAACGGUGGCUGAGAAGAACCACUCCUACCUGGAUCUGGUCAAAACACCCCACCUGAGAAAGAUCACCCUCUGCUCUGGAUUGUUCUGGUUUGCUGCUGCCUCCCUGUACUACGGGAUCAGCUUCAGGAUCUCAGGUUUCGGAGUCAGUAUCUACCUCACACAGUUUAUCUACGGCGCCAUCGAAGUUCCCGCCAAAAUCCUGAGCUAUUUCGUCCUGGACUGGAUCGGCAGGCGGAACAGCCAGGCGGGGUUUCUGAUCACAACCGGAGCUCUGAUUGGAAUAAACACAGCCAUUCCUUUAGAUUACUCGGUGCUUCGUACGUGCAUCGCUGUGGUGGCGAAGGGUUUCUCAGAGGCGGCGUUGGCCACAGCGUUCCUUUACACAACUGAGCUCUACCCAACCAUCCUCAGGCAGCAUGGUUUAGGCUACACCUCGUGUAUCGGUCGGAUCGGGAUCUCCCUGGCUCCGAUUAUCAUGUUGCUGGAGGACGUCUGGCUUCUUCUGCCGCCGCUGAUCUUCGCAGGGAUGGGUAUCAUCAGCGGCAGCUUGGUCUUCAUGCUCCCAGAGACACACAACCUCUGUCUGCCCGAAAACAUCUACGAUGUCGAGGAGGGAAGACACAGGCAGAAGGAGGCAAAUGGAGAUGCAAAGAUUGAGCUGAAGGAAACAAACUCUAAAGACUCAACAGCAUCACAAGACAACUGAUCAGCUGUGAACAACAGUGGAGACGAGAAAUUCUUCCUGGUUUGUUAGUUCUCGCUGCAGUCGUGGAUCGGUUUGAAUGAAUGUCAUACAAAUGUGUAUGUUAGAAUAGAAAUGUGUUGUGUCACUACAGAGCCAGAAUAGAGACUUGAUUUAAAACCUUCGACUAGCUGGAGAGCAUUUAUACAUUGAAAGAAGAGCAAAGAACGACACUGAAGACUUUUCCUGGUUCGCUUCAAUAAGAGUUUGAGUGACAGAUGCUUCAUGUACAUUCACCAAACACUUUCCAACAACGCCUUCUCAGAUAGGUCUAAUUAGAAA